AUGUCGGUCCGCACAGCGCUCAAGAAUUCAAAGUCCUUCCACGAGAACUAUGGCACCGUCGGAGAGACAUCUUCUUCCGAAGACAUCGGCAGGAUAAUCGGAACUGGCAUUUUCUCCACGCCGUCUUCCAUCACCGACAGCGUAGGAAGUGUCGGCGCGGCGCUCUUGCUAUGGGUUUUCGGGUUGGCGCUAUCGUUCGCCGGCCUGUUCAUCUGGCUGGAGUUGGGAUGCAUGAUCCCCCGUAGCGGAGGUUCGAAGGUCUACCUCGAAGCUGCCUAUAAGCGACCAAAGCUGCUUGCCACUGUCGUUUUCGCGUUCCAGGCCGUCCUGCUUGGAUUCACAGCAUCCGGCUGUAUCAUAUUUGCCUCCAACAUCCUCGUCGCCACCGGGCACACGGCCACGGAAUGGCAGAAGCGCAGCAUCGCCCUUGGCGUCAUCACCUUUGUGACGGUGCUGCACACCUUUCUGCCCAAGCUCGGCGUGCGCGGCAUGAACUUCAUCGGGCUGAUCAAGAUCUUCACCCUCCUCUUCAUCGUCAUCACGGGCUGGGUCGUGCUGUCCGGCGGCGCGCCGCGCGUGUCCGACCCGCACGCCUCCUUCCGGCACGCCUUCGAGGGCAGCGCGACGAGCGGCAACCUGUACGCGACGGCGCUCUUCAAAGUCCUCAACUCCUAUGCAGGCUGGUCCAACGCGGCCAACGUCCUCAACGAAGUCCGCAACCCCGUCCGCACGCUCAAAAUCGCCGGCCCGCUCGGCCUCUCAGCCUGCGGCAUCCUCUACCUCCUCGCCAACGUCUCCUACUUCGCCGCAGCAACACCAGCCGAGAUCUCGCACAGCGGCGUCACCGUCGCGUCGUUCUUCAUGUCCAAAGUCUUCGGCGCCGCCGCCGCACGAGCGCUGAGCGUGCUAGUCGCCCUAUCAGCGCUAGGCAACGUCAUGACCGUAACGUUCGCGCAGUCGCGUGUGAACCAGGAACUGGCCAAGGAAGGCGUGCUGCCGUACGCAUCCUUCUGGGCGUCGUCGUGGCCGCUGGGCUCGCCCGGCGCGGGCCUGCUGCUGCACUUCGUGCCCUCGUUCCUCGUCAUCGUCGCCGUGCCCUUCGGCGACGCCUACGCCUUCAUCCUCGACGUCGAGGGCUACCCCGGCAGCGUCAUGAACUUCCUCGUCGUCCUCGCCUUCUUCUGGCUGCGCUACGCCGCCCCCCGCGCCCACCGCCCCUUCCGCUGCUGGUGGCCUGUCGCUGUGUUCUACCUCGCCGCCCAGUGCUUCUUGCUCGUCGCGCCGUUCUUGCGGCCGCCUGGUGGCAAGGGCGAUACUAGUUUGCCGUACUGGCUGUAUCCGAUCGUGGGCAUUGCGGUGCUGCUGGGCGGCGUGCUGUAUUGGGCUGUGUGGUGGAAGAUCUUGCCGUGGAAGGGGAAGUAUACCCUGGUUCCUGAGCACGAGAGACUUGCUGAUGGGACGAGGGUUGUUGUGUAUAAGAAGGUGCGGAAGGAGUAG